AUGACAUCCCUGUUCAACUCCUCCCAGGAGAUAGUUUUUGUGCUCCACGGACUGAAUGUGACACAGACAAACAGACACAUCUACUUUGUAUUUAUUCUGAUCCUUUAUCUCUUUAUAAUUUUUAUGAAUCUAACACUGAUCUUUAUCAUUGUUCUAGAGAAAAUGUUGCAUGACCCAAUGUAUUUAUUCAUCUGUAAUCUGUGUAUUAAUGGUAUCAUUGGGGCAUCAUCUUUUUACCCAAAGAUACUUUAUGACUUUUUGUUUGACUCUCAUUUGAUAACCUACAUUGGGUGCAUGACUCAGAUAUUUGUCAUUUUCUUAUAUGUUUAUUGUGAAUUCACAAACUUGUCAGUAAUGGCUUAUGACAGAUAUGUUGCCAUCUGCAAGCCACUCCACUACCAUUCAAUGAUGACUAUUAGAAAAGCAUGGACACUGCUUUUUCUAACAUGGCUUUUGUCAUGGUUCGUAUGUAGCAUUGGGUGUGUACUAUUAGCUAGGUUACCCCUCUGUGGUGUUGACAUUGAUAAACUCUACUGCUCAAGCUGGGCAGUUGUGAAGCUCUCAUGUGUUGACACCACUCUGAACAACCUCUAUGGCUUGAUUCUAAUGAUAUCACACUUUUCUCAAGUGAUACUUAUUCUAAUUUCCUAUGUAAACAUCAUCAAAGCAUCUUUGCGUUCGCGGGUACAGAGGAGGAAGUUCAUGCAGACCUGUCUGCCUCAUCUGAUCACCCUGGUAAACUUCACUAUAUCUUUAUUAUUUGACGUGAUAUACUCUCGCUUCGGCAGCAACACCAGUCUGUUGGCCCUGAGGAAUAUCAUGGCUGUUGAGUUUCUAGUUUUGCCUCCUCUGCUAAAUCCUAUCACAUAUGGGAUGAACCUCAGUCAGAUUCGGAAUAUAGUUAAAGAGAUGUUCAACCGUAAAGUUGCUGAUCUAAGCUAG